AUGGCUUCCAGGUGGGUUGAACGUGCCAUGCAGCCCUUCUUCCUUCCCAUCGAAAUCUGGGACCAGUGCUUUUUUCGUUGCUCAAGUGACGAUCUCAAGAGCCUGUCCCUCGUCUGCCAGUCCUUUCGCCCCAUAUGCCAGCGCUAUCUCUACCGUUCCCUGUCCUAUCGCUCGCCUGAGCUCGAGAUGGUUGGGACGCACAAUGUCUUUGAUUUGAUACUGGAGAUGUGGAAGCAGUCUCACUUCCACAGCACACUGGCGUUGGACCAGGCAGGGCAGAGUGUGCUGCCUUACGUGCACGAAUGGACAUGGGCGGGAGUGCUGCCCGAGUACACGAGCCGCAUCCCGGUCAACCAAUACACCCUCUUCCUCGAAGCCUACAACGCCGUCCUCCGCGCCUUCCUCAUCUCCCUCCCCAAAUUCCCCGCCCUCACCUCCCUCUCCCUGCGCUCCAUCGAGGUCAACCGCGACGCCCGCACCACACUCGCCAUGCUCCCCCGCCUCGACGACCUCGCCCUCUCUGACUGCAACAUCUCCGCCCCGCGCGGGCCCCUCCUCCGCCUGCGCACCUGCGAGGUCACAUACCACUCCACGAUCGACAACCUCCCCAACACCACGCGCGACAUCGAGCUCGUCGACCCCGCGCGCCUCGAGGCCCUCACCGCAUGCCGCAGCGCAGGACACCCCGACGUCGUCCUCCCGUGGCUCGUCCGCAGCCCCGCCCUCCCGCAGCGCUUCGAGCGCCUCACAUCGCUCACAGCCGGCGUGCGCGCGACAUCCGCAGACGUGUUCUUCGCGUUCCUGCACAAGUGCCCCCACCUCCGCCGCCUCGCGCUCAGCCGCGACUCGAUCAUCCCCGCCGUGCUCUUCCCCGCACAUCUCGACCCAGACACCGUCGUCCCGCGCCUGCGCGAGGUGUUCGUCCCGCUCAACGUCGCGUACGCGCUCGUCCCCGGGCGCCCCGUCGAGCGCGUGAACAUCCACCACCGCGCGGGCGAGUUCCACGAUCUCGGCUCGAUCGUCGAGGCGCUGCGGGCGUUCGGGCGCGCGGCGGUGCCGUUGCGGCAUCUGAGUGUUACGGUUAGGGGGCUGGAGCCGAGUUUGGAUGUGUUUGGGGUGUUGAGGGAGACGCAUCCGCGUCUGCGGGUGCUCAAGAUCGACUUUGACGACCGGCCGGUGCCUGCGACGGAGGACGACGCGGACGCGGACAGCGACGAGGAGGAGACGGGCUCCGAGGCGGGCCGAAGGGUGUGCAUUGAUCAUGCGAGCUUCACCGCUGCCGUGGGCGCGCAGCCGCGCGACCCACGUACAUUCGCAGGCAUGAUCGACGCGCUGCUCCAGUCCCCGCGCUCCCUCCCGCCCGCGCUCGAGGAGCUCGCACUCGGGCAGCUCCUGCCGGACUCGGAGCACGAGGACGUGCAGCGGUUCUCGCUCGUGGACCAGCGGCGCGCGGUCGCGUGUCUUGCAAGACAGCAUGCUGGGCUGCAGAGUGUUUCGCUGGGGCUGUAUGGGCCCGAGUGGGUGCGGAUGGAAAGUAGGGUGUGGAUGCAGGCUCCGUAG